CCUGCCCGCGGAACUUGAGCGCACAGGACUCCAGACCUACCCCGCCGUCGAAUGUGAAUCCCUGCUGCUUGGCGCGAAGCGCCGCCUCCCCGAUGCAGCCGCUCCACCAUGCCCCGCGGCGUGCACGACGAAGUCUCCCACAGUCUAACGCACACCACGCUCGCCAUCGGAGAAGACGCAAACUCAACUCCCUCAUCCCCCGAAUCCGAGCCCUCACCCUCCAGAGCUCAGAAGCGGUUCCUCACCGCCGCCAACUCCACCCCCGAACGCGAACACUAGCACUCCUAGUUUACUUUCGAUUUAUAGAAAAACAGUCAAACGGGCUAGUCCACGGACCGAUGUGUAAUGGCGUCGGAUGACAAAUUGCGUCAGGACAGCACGCAAUCUGCGGGCGAUUCGGUGAUUUGAGGGAUGCCCCCACGUGACCCUACCCACGGUAGUCUACGUAGUCGACAUGCCGGAUGCCCUCCGGGGUCAUGUGCCGACAUCCAUGGUGGAUCGGAGGAUGCUAGCGAGCGCGAGACCUGACAGGCACGUCGGUAAAAUGGGCACAGCUCACGGGCACGGGGAUCCACAACCUCCACACACUCCCCCCCUCUCUUCCUCGUUCGCGGGCUGGGCCCCACUUCCCCUCCACGCCGUACGCGGACACGACGCUUCCGUCGCAACCCCCACACCUUUCCGUCCCGCCGGCCCAUCGCCCGCCGCCUCCCUGCGCACCCAGCCGAGGAGACCGCCAUGAUGGCGGGCGCCUCAGGCUCAGUCGAAGAGGAGGGAGGACUGAGGGCGGAGGAGUCCCCGUCCGGCGGCGUCGACGUCUGGAGCGACGCCGUCUCCUCCCACGCCCCGGAACACCUCCUCGUCAUGGUCCACGGCAUCCUCGGCAGUACCAAUGACUGGCAAUACGCAGCCAACGAAUUUGUGAAGCAGCUUCCUGAUGAUGUAAUUGUGCAUUGCAGUGAGAAAAACAUGAACACAUUGACUCUAGACGGUGUCGAUGUUAUGGGAGAACGCUUAGCAGAUGAGGUUCUUGAUGUAAUUAGUCGAAAGCCAGAGCUCACCAAAAUUUCUUUUCUUGCACACUCCGUUGGAGGCUUAGUAGCAAGAUAUGCAAUUGCAAAACUUUAUAGACAUCCAAAUAGCACGUUUGACAGCAAAGCUGAAGGAACCAUAUGCGGGUUGGAAGCGGUGAACUUUAUAACCGUAGCAACGCCUCACCUUGGUUCUCGAGGAAACAAGCAGGUUCCACUCCUCUUUGGAUUCAUUACGAUUGAGAAGGUUGCUUCUCGUGUCAUCCAUUGGAUAUUUAGGAGAACUGGGAGACAUCUUUUUCUUACUGAUAGUGCUGAGGGAGAACCGCCACUGUUGCAGCGUAUGGUUGAAGAUUAUGGCAAUCUUUACUUUAUAUCUGCUUUGCGAGCAUUUAAACGACGAGUGGCAUAUGCUAAUGCUGGUUGCGACCACAUUGUUGGCUGGAGAACAUCAUCUAUUAGAAGAAACACCGAGCUGCCUAAGUGGGAGGAAUCUGUAUGUGAGAAGUAUCCUCACAUUGUACAUGAGGAAUACUCUGAAGAAAUCAGCGAUGAGAAGUGUCAAGAUUUGGCAGCAGAUUGCGAUUUUGACUUACUGGAAGUUCAUUGUUGGUAUUCAACAGUCAACAUUCAACUUGAUGACUGCAAUCUUGGUGGGGCACUAAAUAGAAAAAAUGGUGACAGGGCUGAGACGCGUUUCAUGGGAAAAGGUAGAUGUUAGCUUCCACACGAGCAUGCGGAGUUUCGCAGCGCACAGCAUUAUCCAGGUCAAGUAUGCGUUUAUGAACGAAGGAGCGGACGUCAUACAGCACAUUAUAGACCACUUCCAGCUCUGAGAAUUUCCUUGGCAAUGCCACUAGCAAUGCAACCUGAAGCUCCAGACUGAAGAGGCUGUCCUACCUCUACUUACACACAUUAGUGACUCGAGAAGAAAACCGCAGUCAGCCCACAGCCACAGGGGAGGCCCGGUAGUAUCAAGUUAGAUCUAGAUUGUUAAUUUAUUGCUUAACGGUGUGUAACAGUGCGUUGUAAUGACUGUAUAUAAGAGUAAGUGCCACGAAUUGCUCCGUGCCGUCCGUUGCAAAGAAAGAUCACGUCGGAACGGAGAAAACAACACCAUCCUUGUUGGACACAUGUAUCGUUAUUAUGUGCCUUGUCACCAAUCUCACAUGUGACACUA